AUGGCCUCUACGCAAAUAGUCCAGCUGCAGUCGCUCAAACCUGAUCUCCAUGAGCGUGCCUGGGUGUCGAUACCUCAUCCUAGCCUCCCUCUAAUCGCAACCGCACACGGCAAGAAUGUCACAGUCUUCUCGCUAUCGACUCUCUCCUUCCACAGCGCCUUAACCGACGGCCACGCACGAUCCAUCCGAAGCGUUGCUUGGAAACCUGCGCUACCGCCGCAUGAAUUAUGCCUUAUCUCAGGUAGCUUCGAUUCUUCCGCCGGCGUCUGGCGCUGGAAUAAGAGCAGUGGUGAAGAUGAUGGUGAUGGCCUGGGCCAGGACAUGUCAAGGGGCCCAGCAGGUGACGAAACCGCCAAGGCUGGCGAAUGGGACUAUAACCUUGUGCUGGAGGGACAUGACUCCGAAGUCAAGUGCUGCGCGUUUAAUCCGUCUGGCAACUACCUUGCGACCUGCUCGCGCGACAAGUCCAUUUGGAUAUGGGAGGACAUUGCCAGCUCCGAAUCCGAGGACGAUUGGGAAACGAUUGCCGUUCUCAACGAGCAUGAGGGAGAUGUCAAGGCCGUAGCCUGGUGUCCUGAUGUGCCUGGACGCAACAGUGUUGGGCAGCGAUAUUACAGCGUCGAUGUCCUUGCCAGCGCCAGCUAUGAUAACACCGCUCGGAUUUGGCGCGAGGACUCAGAUGGAGAAUGGGUUUGCGUGGCUGUUCUUCAAGGACAUGAAGGCACUGUCUGGGGUGUAGAAUGGGAACCAAAACCGAGAGACAAUCGAUUCCCUAGACUCAUGACAUUCUCCGCUGAUGAGACAAUACGUGUGUGGACGCUUGAACAAGGGGAAGAUAAUGCUGAUGGGGACGGCUCAGCAAUGUCGCAGGGCCUAGGUGGGAUACCAAGCACGAUGCGAAGGUCUUUUAGAGAGCAGUGGAAUUGCACGGCUGUGCUCCCCAAGGUGCACGACAAGGACGUAUAUUCAGCCACAUGGAGCGCCGAAUCUGGUCUCAUUGCUAGCACAGGGAGUGAUGGUGUUAUUGCUUUAUAUAAAGAAGAUGAAGCUGCUCCAUCAGACCCCCCGGCAGUUUCCGCGGAUAAAGACUCGGAUGGCAAUGCAAGCUUGAGUCACAAUAGCUCCGCUGCUGGCGGGCCACAGUGGCAGCUUUUGACCACAGUGCCUAGUGCUCAUGGACCAUAUGAGAUCAAUCACAUCACCUGGUGUAGGCGAUAUGAUGCGGGCUCAACAAAGAGGGGAGAAGAAGAAAUGCUGGUUACAACAGGCGAUGAUGGACUGGUCCAGUCAUGGCGAAUUGAUGUUACAUCUUCAUAG